UAUUUAUGCCAACACCAACAUUGUAUUAUUAUCGACGAUGUCAUUUCGCUAUUAAACGGUGAACGAAACGGAUCAUAAAAUCAAUCAACGCUUGACGAUCAAAGACGCGACUACAACGAUUGCAACACAGACGGCAACGAAUAACGAGUAGCGAGCAACGGCAAACCAAAUUGAUAUUGAAACAUACAAAAACGAAAGCUCGUAUUUAGUGUUUCGCGAUGCGUUCGAAUAUCUAUCACGUUAAUCCAAAAAAUAUGAAUGAACGCGCCGAAACGGUGCCAGAUGUCCUUGUUAAUGGCCAGGCGAAUGGCAGUAUUAUGUCCCAUUCAGCCGAUGGGAAUGCGGGCAUUCUCACAAACAACCAUAGCAAUAGCAACAUCAAUAAUCACAAUGGCAGCAGCAGCACCAUAACAAAUGGUUUGAAUCACAAUAAUUCGAGCAUAUCAUUGCCCGUGCCGCUGGUGUCCAAUGCAGCGGUCAAUAAUAUUGGUAAUAGCGCCGCCUAUAAGAAUACCAUUGUUAUCGAUAAUCAGCCGAAGCGUAAAGUUAGCAUUGUAUCGGAUCCGGCAAGUGAAGCGCGCAGCAUUGGCGCCUACGACAAUCCAGCCUAUGAACAAAAUCCACAUCGCAAAAUAUCACAGACUUCCACACAUUCACACACAGAAUUUGGACCCACACGAAGAAAGAGUAUAUUGGUGAAUUCGACAACCAAUAUAGCACCGUUAUCCCUACCGAAUACACAUGAUAAUGAAUCCGAUCGAGGAUCACUGCACAGCACUGGCGACAACAGUCGACCCUAUAGAUCGUCAGCGCUCGACAAUUUGAAUGCGAAAAUCUAUCAGCACCAACAGGAGCAAGCGCUAUAUGGACAAGGUAAUAAGCUGGAGGAAUCGUGGAUUUAUUCAUUCUGCUUAAAAUGUCAUGGCGAGGAGAAUCGACCGUCUUGGGAGCCACCUUAUUGGCAGAAAAUUUGUCCAUAUCCAUUGUGUCCAUCGUUUCGACAAUUUGCCCGUCUACUCGUGCUCAUACUAAUCGGUAUACUCAUUUGGUUCACGGCUUAUGUAAUCAUCGGCGAUUCAGCUGCGCCAGGAGGUCAACUCUUCAAUUUGGUUGUGCUGGCGGUGGCGGCUAAUUUCGGCGGUUGGCUAAUAUCGUUGACGACAUUGCCGCGGCUCAUUGGUAUGCUGCUCGUAGGCAUACUCUUUCAGAAUGUCGGCUGGGUUCACUUGGAUGGUGAUUUCUCACAAGUCACAGCGCAUUUACGCAAAUUUGCACUCAACAUUAUACUUAUUCGAGCUGGACUCGAAAUGGAACCGGAAGCAUUUCGUAAGGUCUACAAAACCAUACUGAAACUUGGCCUCAUUCCAUGGUUCGUAGAAGCCGUCGCUAUUUCAAUCACAACACAUUUCCUCCUGGACUUGCCGUGGAUUUGGUCAUUCCUCUUGGGUUCGGUUGUUUCUGCCGUCUCACCGGCCGUGGUAGUGCCAUGCCUCCUUCGACUACGCUCAAAAGGUUAUGGCGUGGCCAAAGGUAUACCCACAUUAAUCAUUGCCGUGUCGGGUAUUGACGAUGCGCUCUCUGUGGCACUCUUCGGUAUUAUAAGUAGCGUAAUGUUCUCGGAUCGUGGUCUGGCCUUUCAAAUAUCACAGGCGCCGGUUUGUAUCGUUGGCGGCUUGGCGUUCGGUGUGAUCUGGGGUUAUAUGGCGAGAUUCUUUCCCGAGAAGGGUGAUGAAUAUGUUGUGCCGUUGCGUUCUAUACUUUUGUUCGCCGGUGGCUUAGUCGCGAUUUACGGCAGUGAAAGGUUGGAAUUCGAGGGAGCUGGUCCGUUGGCUGUCGUCUUUGCAGCAUUCAUAUCGAACCUCUUUUGGUGCAAGCAAGGCUGGGAGGUGGACGAUAAUCCGGUGGGGACAGCAUUUGAAAUUAUUUGGAUGAUAUUCGAGCCGAUAUUAUUUAGUGUCACCGGUGCCACAAUUAAGAUAAACGAAUUGGACGGCGACGUGGUCUACCUAGGCGUAGCCUGCAUAGUUGUCUCGGCAGUUAUACGCAUACUCUGCACCGCUGGCAUCGCCUUCGGUGAUCGACUCAACACGAAAGAGAAAUUCUUUGUUGCCUUCUCGUGGAUGUCAAAGGCCACCGUGCAAGCGGCACUCGCACCGGUCGCCUUACGCAACUUAGGCGACACCGCCACCGACGCAGAGAAACGUUACGCCUAUAUUGUGCAGACAAUUUGUGUUUUAAGUAUUGUGUUGACAGCGCCAUUGGGCGCCAUCUUGAUUACACUCAGCGGGCCGCGCUUGCUGACACGCACCAAACAGCCGCAAGUGCUGGAGGGUUGGCGCCGCAGUCAUCGGCCAUCCAUUCGCGACAUUAGCAUUAUUGACGAGGAGGAGGAGCGCGAGGAUCCGGAGUUGCCGGCAGAUAAAACCACCGCCGACAAUACACAAUCGAAUGCACACAUCAACAAUAUUGGCUAUGGUUAUUAGCCUACGACCUCGUACACAUACACACACCUACGCACACACAUCCACAUAUGCAUAUGCAUAUAUAUAACCACGAGAAAAUGCAGUUGUGCAGCAACAACUCUUCCGCUUUUGGUCGGCGAAGUAGCAGAAGAAAAACGCAAAAUUUCAAUAUUGGACAUUGCUUUUGGUUGUAGUACGCGUUGUUGUUGUUGUUGCAAAAGGUUUUCACUUACGUUUAUGUGAUUACGUUGCUGAAUAAAUAAUAAUGUACGAAUAUGUUGAAAAUAGUAUUAAGCAGCCGCCAUCGGCAGUAGUUGUGAAUAUCUAUUAUACAGAUAUUACUAUGCCUACCCCCCCUACCGCCCAUAAUUUUGUUUUUGUGUUUGUUUGUUUGCUUAUUUUUUGCGCCCAAUCGUUUAUAAGUUAUAAAUUGCUUGAUAAUAAAAUA